UAAAUGCCCGGGAAUCGGUCCAAAGUCUAGAACUCUUUCUACAAAGAACUUUCCCGCCCGCGGCUCGAUAUGGCGACAUCGCCUCGUUUUCUUUAGUUUGAUAGCUAAGAUAACUUUUUUAUAAAUAAUUAUUUCAUGGGGAGAUUAUUAUGUGAAUAAUGUCGGAUUUGCCUCGUGAUGAUAUUUUCUCUUUUCCUUGUUAUAUAAUUCUUCCUACUUAAAUAGCGAGCCUGCCACUUGUCUACUCCUAUCUUAUGCGAUCAAGCCUCAUAUAGAACAACAGAAUUGUGUUUCAAUUCCUUCCGAAAAGGGGGAAUUGGUCGGCGACGAUGACGAGCUACGUAUCCUUGCUAACGGCAACGGACGCCCGAUCGCACGUUCAUUUAAUUAUCGGCACGAAUCCUCUUGCGGCGGCACGAUGUGGACAAUCGCUAAGCUCCGGCGCAUCGCCGAUCCUUAUUGCGCCGGGGACGGCAGACUUACAUUAUGCCCUACAAAAACGUGUUGAUGAUGGUGAAGUAAAAUGGAUAAAGGAGAAUUUCCAAGACGAGCACCUCUUUACUCUGGGAAGGGAGGAGAUUGAUCAUGUAGUUGAUGCUGUGUUUGUAACAUCUGGACCGAGGGACGAAUUGAGCGCGCAUAUAUCAGUCCUUUGCAAGCGAAACCGUAUACCUGUUAACGUCGUCGAUGCCCCUCAAUUAUGUACUUUCUCCCUCUUAUCUACACACGUCGACGGCCCGCUACAAAUCGGUAUAACAACGAAUGGUCGCGGAUGCAAGUUAGCGUCUAGGAUACGCCGCGAAGUAGCCGCUUCAUUACCUCCGAACUUGGGAUCCGCCUGCUUGCGAUUGGGUGAUGUGCGGAGGAAAAUACAAGAAGAGGAUCAUUUACUUCACAUAGCUUUGGCGGAUGGAGAGGAUGUCGAUGAUUCGAUUGACCAAUCGGCUAGUUUCAAUAAGUUGGUGACAGAAGCGGAUAUAGAUGCCGCGAAAAACAGGCGCAUGCGUUGGUUGAGUCAGAUAUGCGAAUAUUGGCCCCUAAAACGUCUAGCGGCCAUUACUGAUGAGGACGUAUCCAACAUCCUAAGAUCGUACGAAGAUCUUGGUGGCUCGAGUUCAAUUGGGAGAUCCGCCUCUGCGGAUGGUGCUUCUAGUCGCGGCCGUAUCAUCCUCGCUGGGUCCGGUCCAGGGCAUCCAGACAUGCUUACGCGCGCGACGUACAAAGCUAUUCAGAACGCCGACCUUAUUCUCGCAGACAAGCUGGUACCUGCAGGCGUACUAGACUUAAUUCCCCGUCGUACACCCGUACACAUUGCGCGAAAAUUUCCGGGAAAUGCCGAUGCAGCGCAAAACGAAUUACAAGAAAUGGCUGUCACCGGUGUCCGCGAAGGAAAGACAGUGCUCCGACUCAAACAAGGUGACCCAUACGUCUACGGCCGCGGCGGCGAGGAAGUCGAGUAUUUCCGCCGUCAAGGGCUAGAUCAUGACAAGGUCAUUGUUCUACCAGGUGUUACAUCCGCGCUUUCAGCCCCGCUGUUUGCUGCCAUACCGCCCACACAGCGCGAUGUCGCGGACCAAGUCUUAAUAUGCACGGGUACCGGGAAGAAGGGCAAAGCGCCUGCUCCGCCGGAGUAUGUGGCUAGUCGCACGGUUGUGUUCCUUAUGGCGCUACAUCGGAUUGAGGGGCUCGUUGGGGAGUUGACGACGCAUUUAGAGACGGAAACCCAGGCGCCUCGAAGGGUUCUGUGGCCGAGGGAUACUCCGUGUGCGGUUAUUGAGCGCGCUAGUUGUCCAGAUCAGAGGGUUAUUCGGACCACACUGGAUAAAGUGGUCGAGGCAAUUGAGCAGGAAGGAAGCCGACCGCCUGGCCUGCUUGUUGCCGGCCGCGCGUGUGAAUUCUUGAAUAAGUUAGAGAAGGGUCGUGUGUGGAGUGUUGAGGAAGGGUUUAGGGGACUGAAUUUUGGGCUUGAGGGUGUGGAUUUAGGGGGUGCGUGAGAUAGGUGGAGAACUCAGUUAAAUAAGGGGUGGUAUAAAAAUGGGUAAGGGCAAGCAUAAUCUGGUUGCAUUUAGAUGGCGUUAGAGAUAUCCUCAUUACUGAUCUAAGUAAAUAUUCUGUCAAAUAUGAACAUACUUAUUGAACUUCGGGUCGCGAUUGAACGAGCAAUUGACUUUGACGUGUCGAUUCGCCCCUAUUUAGAUACGUGGGACACUAUAAAUC